GUACAGCGUUCACUCCAAGGCAAUAUCGGCACAAACUACAUGACGCGUCGUAGCUCGUCUACCAGAUGGCGCCAAUCAUCGUCCACUUACCCGUGAUGACAUACAUAAUCAUAUACUUGUGCUACAAGUGAAAUCAUAAAAGAAAGGAAUAACAGUGAAAUUUACAUAAAGCAAACCGCACCAUCCAUUGGUUGGGCGACUCACCUGCUUGAGACCACACCCACGUGUUGAAUUAUUCACAGCUUUAUUACCAGCGUGGCAACCCAGCUUUCCUGUUUGAGAUUGUUAUGGUAAUUCGCGCGCUGUCAUUAUCAGAGCGAGCGGUAUUUAAAGUGUAUUACUUUUACGAGGAGGCACAUUUCUGGUUGUGUUCUCUCUUCCGGCUGAGGACUAGAGUGAAGCAGGAGAGAGAAAGAGGUUUUCAUUUGUCAAGUCGCUGCUGCAAAUUGCUCAUUUCGCUUGGGUUUAGUAUGGAGCAUCAAGACCUGAAACGUCAGGCAUCUAACCCGACACCGAGUCCCACGACUCGUGCCCACGUCUGUGAAACCCCGUGCAAGCCCCCGGACCCCGACUGCAUCGGCGGUACCAGCAACCAGUGCUACACCGUCAACCUCUUCGGUAUGCCCAUAGCCGCCCUGAUCAUCGACGGUCAGGAGCGACUCUGUCUGGCCCAGAUCUCUAACACUCUCCUCAAAAAGUUCAGUUACAACGAGAUCCACAACCGGCGCGUGGCUUUGGGCAUCACCUGCGUGCAGUGCACCCCGGUCCAACUAGAGAUCCUCCGGCGCGCCAACGCCAUGCCCGUCUCAUCUCGCCGCUGCGGCAUGAUCAACAAGCGGGAGGCCGAGCGACUCUGCAAAUCCUUUCUGACCGAGAACAGACCGCCUAAGCUACCGGACAACUUUUCCUUUGACGUGUACCACGAGUGCACCUGGGGAUGCCGCGGGGCCUUCGUCCCGUCCCGGUACAACAGUUCCAGGGCCAAGUGUAUCAGGUGCGCCUACUGCAACCUGUUCUCGUCCCCAAACAAGUUUAUCUUUCACGCGCAUCGCACCCCGACCUCCAAGUUCCACCCACCAGACGGGCCCAACUUCAACUCCUGGAGAAGGCACAUCAAGCUGGUCGAUCCCAACCCAUCAGAGGAUCUCCUGCACGCUUGGGAGGAUGUCAAGGCCAUGUUUAACGGAGGCAGCCGUAAGAGGUCCGUCUGCGAGACAUCCAACAAGCUCGCCCCGUCAUCGUUCGGUAGACCCGUGGUGGAUCCCAUCUCGCUCAGUAGUGAAGCUCAACGGUUACUCCCCAGUCCGCCCACGAGGAGCCGCUACGACAAGGAUCCUCAUCAAGAUCUCGAACCAACUCCACCUGGAGCGGUAAACAUACCUUACCCACUCAUGCCCAUCCCCAGUCGUACCCUGUCUACAUCGAUGGCUGAUACUUUGCCAGAGGACACCCCAAUGAACUCCUCCCCUCCCUACUCAGUCGGUGCCAUUUUCCCCGGACAGUUGUCCCCGCCGGCGUUUAGACAGCAUCCGUUUAUGGAGCUUGUGUGGAGCGGUGGCAGGACGGGGUACCCUCUACCUGCGGCAGCCAUUUGGCCCAAGACUAUCGGAAUGCCGUUUGCUGGUAACCCUGGCUACUAUCAACCCCUCAUGGAACCAGAUAAUGAAAUUCACACAAUGAUAGAUGUUGCUCCAGCAAGCAACCAUAGCCCGGCGAAGAGACCUCACCAUCAGUGGGAUGACUUUGACCCAAUGAAAUUCCGCAACCUUAAACCGAAGAAUCUUACCAUGAGACACCACUUUCACCAUCAUCAUCUCCCAGAUUUAAGAUCCAGGAAUGCGUACUACACGUCCGCCUUCCGUCCCGUUCUGACCGGGAAAGGUUACCUUGACCCAGAACGGUCGUUUCCCAGCGCCGAACGAUUCAUGUUUCCCCCGAAAUCCCCUCUCGACGACUGUUGCCUGACCAUCCGAGAUCCCCAGACCAGCCCCCAACAACCCCCUAACCACCAGGUGAAAAUCAAAGCAGAUCACUACCCCGUCACCAAAUCACCGAUGAGUCUCAGUCCUCAGACUUCGGAGCUCAUCAUUGAUGAUCCCAUCGAUAAGACCGACUCCUACGCCGAAGCGACCGUGAAACGGACACCGGGCACGACGAGUGGCACGGAGCUAGACGCAGGUGGGAGUCCACCAGGCGGUGCCGCCGAGAGCCAUCGUGACCUCGGGAAAGCGCACGCAAAAGCAGCCAUCUCGAUGGAAGAGGCGGAGAGCCCACAUAGCUCGCCAUCGGACGCAUCGGUGUGCGAUCGCCUGCCAGGCAACCGCGUACAACAUCCCUGCCGCCAUCUUGCCAGGGAAUCCACAACGCCCUCACCGGCCACUGAAGAUGAAGAUCAUGCUCCACACGAACCUGCCAAAGAGCAACAAGUAAGCAAGGAGAUGGAACUACGGCGAAAGGCAUACCUGGCCAUUCAUCAGAAAUACCUAGAUAGCCAAGCCACUCUGAACCAUUUUCCCCGUCGCCUUUUGUCUUCGCACGACGUUGGCCUGGACUAGAAGUCAGCACCAGCCGCGACGAUGUGUAUAAACUUUUAUUGAAUGAGUUAAACAGUUCGGUAAUAUAAAAGUUGAAAAAAAUCAAUGUAUGUGAUGCCGAAAAGCUACAUGCAAAUAUGUGGAUAUCAGUGCAUGCGAAAAUAGAGGCAGAUGUGACACUUAUUUUGAAUGCUGAACUGUAAAAAUAUAAUUAUGAUUCUGUCUCCGUAGAGUUAUUAAGACAUUUUAAUUAUUACAUUACUUUUUAUUUCUAACCUGGACAAACUGUUGCACUAAUUUCCAAGAAGAAAAUAUGACAAAGAUUUGAUACUCUGGGGACAGAAACCCCUAAAUGCGAAGCACAGUGUAGAAAAUAAACGGCGGUUGACUUUUUAAAAUAUAUUUCUUUAAACAACCGUGACACGGUGACACGCUGCUUUGUUCUUCACUUCUAUGGCACUGGCCAGUUAUAUCUCUAGCCUGAUUUUUCAACUUGCGUUGUAGUUAUGAGACAAAUAUCCCAAGUAUAAUGUUGCAAUAAAUAUAUUUCCGCUUUCGCUGUUAAAUUGUGCACCUUGACACUUGACCACAUCAUUUGGUUGGAAAAAAUAUUAUUGCACAUUAAUUUUUGCCGUUUUGAUCACCCACAAAAUAACUCACCACUCUUCUGUUAAAAAGAAAGUAUAGUGAAAUUUCCUUUUUUGAAAUAUUCAAAAUGAACUUUACUGAAAGUUACAUUUAAUUCACAUUAUUGUGCCGUUGUUUUACAAGAUUACACGUGAUUUAUGUAUAACAAUGUAAUGGUUAUGAUAACCUACCUUUUCAGACUUUUGAAAAAUUCUAUAUUCAGUCCAAAUGUGCCACUUCAUGUACCUUCGAAUGAUUAACUUAUAAUUGUCUUUGGUCAUUGUUUAUCACUGUUAAUGUGUAAAUAUUUUCCUUAUUUAUUGAAUCUUGUAUUUAUGGAAAAUGUUCACCAGAGGGGUGAGUUCAAUAGGGGACGUUGAACAAUAGAGGACAAUAGGGUCCCCAAUUCCCGAGAGGUCCCCUAUUUGGAUUCGUGUACAAAACAUAUGGGAGGUCUUCCUAAAAAGAGUACAAACAAAAGAGGGACAAUAGGGGGUCCCCGAUUGCAGGCAAAUACACACUUGUAUGGGUGGGUUGGAGGUUGGAGGUUGGGUGGGUUUUGAUGCUUGCUGGUACAUUGAAUUUCCUGCGCUCCAUGUGACGUGAAAUGGCCAUGCAAUUUGAUGCAAUGAUUUAAUGAGCCUCUUUUUUUUUAAUUUAGUGGACAGUGACUUGAACAGCGCCCUCUAUUUGUGUCCGCCAUAUCUCAAAAAUGGUUAAUGAAGAAGCAGUUUCUAUAUAAAAACAAUAAGAUAAAAUCAAGACAAACAUAUCUCUAAUCACGUUCUAACAGCCGCAGUAUAGUUGCAGUCACUGUUCAAAUACACCCACUGCAACGGAUGAUUGCCACGCCCACUGAUUAGCAUUCCGGACAGAAUGUAGUAUCCAGACGCCACAGUGGAUGUGUACAAAGCCUAUGGAGAGUCAAGACAAUUUUCU